AUGCCUCUGGAGAGAGAGCCAUUAAAGGGAAAAGUAUUUGUGUUUACUGGAGAUAUGAAAAUCAGCAGAGAUGAUGCAAAGACGAAGGUGAUGGUUCUUGGGGGGAGAUGCACAGCGGUACCAUCGUCAAAAACCACCUUUCUAGUUGCAGGCGACAACCCAGGGCCUUCGAAGAUGCAGAAGGCAAAGGAGCUGGGAAUAAAAGUACUAGACGAGGAAGAGUUUGAUAGCCUAAUUAAAGACACCUCAAAGGCUCUUGAUGGUACGGCAGAGGUAGAGAAGAAGACAGAGAAGGCAGCCUCUAGAGACGAGUGUGGAUCUGCUUCAAGCGGUGUGUGGAGCGAGAAGUACAGGCCUAGUAAGAGGGACGAGAUAGUGGGGAAUCAAGGGAUCGUAAAACAGCUCGAGGAUUAUCUCCAGGGUCGCACCAAGUACAAGGCUGUUCUCCUGAGUGGGCAGCCUGGAAUUGGAAAGACAACCACAGCACACGUUGUCUGCAAAUCCCUUGGGCUUAACGUAAUUGAAUUCAAUGCCAGCGACGUUAGAAGCAAGUUGGAAAUAAGCAAUAAGGUAAAGGCCUUUGUUAGCAGCCAGUCAAUUCUUCGUCCAGGGUCAUCCAAAAGUAAGGUUCUCAUAAUGGACGAAGUUGAUGGAAUGUCGAGUGAUAGGGGAGGAAUCCCGGAGCUCAUCAGCAUAGUUAAGGAAACAGUGGUGCCUAUCAUAUGCAUAUGCAACGAUCGCAACAACCCAAAGAUAAGGACACUGUCAAGUUAUUGCCUGGAUCUAAGGUUUAGAAAACCGGAUGCUAGGCAGAUACUCUCAAGGGUCAAGCAGAUAUUGGAUAUGGAAGGAAAGAAAAUCCCAGAUGGACUGCUAAAUGAAAUAAUAUCAAGAGGAGCAGGAGACAUAAGAUAUACUAUUAGCAUGGUACAGAGCAUUGCACUUAGGAAGGCCCUUAAUCUCAAAGUGGCUGAAAAUCUUGUCAGAAAGAAUGUGGUAAAAAACGUGUUUGAUGUGGCGGGAGAGGUUUUCCAGAGAAGAUCGAUUUCAGAAAAAAUCGAUCUCUACUUCGAGGAUUACUCUCUAAUCCCGCUUUUCGUAAGCGAAAACAUCCUAAAAACCUCCUUCAGAAGUGCAAGAGAUCUUUCAGAGUGCUUUGACUCAAUUAGCUUAGGAGAUGUCGUGGAAAAGCUUAUAAGAGGUGUCAGCCAGGACUGGAGUUUGGCACCACUCCAUGCAGUGUACAGUGUUGUAGUCCCAACCAAAGGGAGGCACCUGAUGAAGAAGCUAGAGUUUCCAUCGUGGCUUGGACAGAACUCCAAACACUCAAAGGCAGAAAGGAUUCUACACACCGUCUCCAUGCAUUCGUCAUGUAAAAUCCGAAACAAUCCGGAGGAGCUGAGGAAAUGCUCUUCAGGAUUGAUACUACAGAAGUAUGCAUACUAUUUGAAAACACACUCCAUCGAUAAAGCAAUAAGCAAUAUAGUUGAUUAUGAUAUGACUAAGGAGGACAUCGUUGGGCUGGCUGAGAUAAUACCAGGAGGAGCAGAUCUGUUCAAGGGAAUAGAGCGCAAAGUAAAACUUCUUUUGGAUAGAGAGUACAAGAAACUCAAAAGAAGGCUUCCAUAUAUAGAAGCAGAGAAAAUCAAGCACGACGACAUAGAGGGCCAAAGCGAAGACGAUGUAGAUCUCCACCAAGAAGAUUAA